GAGGAGGGAAGGAGGAGGAACGCGGUAGUGCGGCAACCACUUUGCCCGCAAAGGGGGUGUCGGAGGCCCCCCGGGACAGGGUGUCGUGGAGGGCUAGAGGCCCUGGCGGGUGGCGCCGUGGCGGGACGGCGGAGUGGGCACGGGCGCGCGCAACCGUCCAGCGGCCGCAGCAGCAGAAGAAGCUCGAUGAGCAUCGGAAUAAGAAGCAGGAGACGCAGCAGCCACAUGAGAAGCGGCAACAGGAACAGCAAAAGCAGCAGCAGCAGCGGCAGAAGCAAACAGAGGCGCGGGAGAAGCAAGAUAAGCAGCAGCAGCAACAGCAACAGAUGACAACCUCAGCUUACAAGGUCACGACCCCUACAUCUGCAGUUGCAACGCCACGGGUCAGGACUCCAAGCUCCCAGGUUGCGACUUCCGCCCCACCGCCUCUGAGAGCCGACGAUGAGGUGGGGAUGGAAUCAUGGCCGACGAUGACCUCGCUGCCCUGGCGCCCGACCAGCAGGCCUUUGACAGACUUCUCUGUGCCUCGGCAGGCCUUCGGUCAACCUUCUCCACCCGGAACUCCAGGUCAGAGCCAGGUCUACGGCAAGAUCCCACCACCGACUCAAAGCGCAAACUCCAAAAGACCUACACCAGCUCGGAACCAAAACUCCAGCAGGCCUUCUCCACCAGUACCUCCAGCUCAGAGCCAGACCUCCGGCAAGAUCCCACUACCGACUCAAAGCGCAAAUUCCAGAAGACCUACACCAGCUCGGAAUCAAAACUCCAGCAGGCUUUCUCCACCCCCACCUCCAGCUCAGAGCCAGACCUCCGGCAAAAUCCCACCACCGACUCAAAGCGCAAAUUCCAGAAGACCUACACCAGCUCAGAACCAAAACUCCAGCAGGCCUUCUCCACCAGUACCUCCAGCUCAGAGCCAGACCUCCGGCAAGAUCCCACCACCGACUCAAAGCGCAAACUCCAGAAGACCUACACCAGCUCGGAACCAAAACUCCAGCAGGCCUUCUCCACCCGGACCUCCAGCUCAGAGCCAGACCUCCGACAAGAUCCCACCACCGACUCAAAGCGCAAAUUCCAGAAGACCUACACCAGCUCGGAACCAAAACUCCAGCAGGCACAUACCGAUUCAAAGCCAUGCCUCGAGCAGGUCUCCAGUACCCAUUUCUCCACCUCGAAGCCAGGGGUUCGGUAGGGCUGCGUCACCCAUGUCUACACCGCGCGAGCAGACCUUCAGCGAGCUAUCGCCAGAUCAGCACCAGACCAUCAACAGGACUCUGCCAGUCAUCUCUCCACCACAAGCUCAGCGGCAGUCCUCCAGUAGACCAUCGGCAGUUCAGGACAAGACCUUCAACAGGAUCUCCCCACCCAACUCACCAGCAGCUCAGAGUCAGGGCGCCAACAGGACUUCGCCCAUCUCUUCACGAGCUCAGAACCAGUCCACCAGUCGACCAUCAGGAGUUCAAAACCAAACCGUCAACAGGACAUCUCCGUCCAUGUCUUCCGCAUAUCAAAACCAGACUGCCAGUAGAUUUUAUCCGCCCAUAUCUCCACCUCAAAGUAAGGCCUUCGACAGGACGUCUCCACCUCAACGAAAGACACCUAACAGAUCUUCUCAACCCAUCUCUACACCUGAUAGCCAGACCUCCGGUAACCGUUCACCACCCAUUUCUCCACCUGCUCAAAGCCAGCCCUUCAGCAGGUCUUCAGUAGCUCAAAAUCAGACCUCCAGUAGACCUUCUUUACCCAUCUCUUCACCAGUCCAAACCCAGAAUUCCAGUAGAUCUUCUCCACCCAUCUUUCCACCAAUCCAAAGCCAGACCUCCACUAGAUUAUCUCCACCCAUCUCUCCACCAAUCCAAAGUCAGAAUUCCAGUAGAUCUUCUCCACCCAUCUCUCCACCAGCGCAAAGCCAGACCUCCGUCAGACCUUCACCAGUUCAAAGCCAGACUUCCAUUAGAUCUUUUCCACCCAUCUCUUCACCAGUUCAAAGACAGACCUCCUGUAGACCUUCUCCACCCAUCUCUUCACCAGUCCAAAGCCAGAAUUCCAGUAGAUCUUCGUCACCCAUCUCUCCACCAGCUCAAAGCCAGACCUCCGUCAGACCUCCACCAGUCCAAAGCCAGACCUCCAUUAGAUCUGCUCCACCCAUCUCUCCACCAAUCCAAAGCCAGACCUCCACUAGAUUAUCUCCACCCAUCUCUUCACCGUUCCAAAGUCAGAAUUCCAGUAGAUCUUCUCCACCCAUCUCUCCACCAGCUCAAAGCCAGACCUCCGUCAGACCUUCACCAGUCCAAAGCCAGACCUCCGUCAGACCUUCACCAGUCCAAAGCCAGACCUCCGUCAGACCUUCACCAGUCCAAAGUCAGACCUCCAGUAGAUUAUCUCCACCCAUCUCUCCACCAGUUCAAAGCCAGACCUCCAGCAGACCUCCUCCACCCAUCUCUCCACCAGCUCAAAGCCAGACCACCGCCAGACAAUCGCUACCAGUGCCCCGACCCCCGCAUUCCCACAAAGCCCCGACCUCUUCCUCCUCCACCACCUCCACCCCCCGCGCUCCGUCGGCUCGCGUCCCACUGGCGGUGGACACCAGGGCCGUGUGGAGUCGCUGGGGAAGCUCUCUGGAGCUGCCGUGCUGGCCACGCGGGCUACGGGCAGCAUCAUCGGCAUUGGCGGUGGCGACGGCGGCAUCGCCACCUGCGGUGUCGUGGAUCUUGCCGGAUGGGACGAUGCUCGGCGGGUCUCCGCGCCGCACCGCGUGGUUCUUCGGAGGCCGUUUCUCCAUCUGGCGGGGAGACGGAGGUCUCCGGGUGCGGGCGGUGAGGGUGUCUGAUGCUGGAGUGUAUGAGUGCGUGGCCCCGACGGGCAUGGGCAGGGUCAACCAGAGGAUUGCCCGCGUCCUCCUCAACGUCGUCACCAUUGACGGGGACGAUGGAGACGAUGAUGAUGGUGGUGGUGAUGUUGAUGGUGAAGAUGAUGGUGGUGGUGAUGAUGGUAGUGAUAUUGAUGGUGGUCUUCAUGGAGAUAUUGGCAGUGAUGGUGGUGGUGACAGUGUGUCGGUGGUGCUGGUGGUAGUGCUGUUGGUGCUGCUAGUGCCCGUGGUAGUGCUAGUGUACCGCUGCUGGUACCGCUGCUGGUACCACUGCUAG